AUAUGCGGCUCGUUAAUGUCUGUUUAUUCCUUUCAGACUGAAGACACAGAGCAGCAGAUCAUCAGAGAAACCUUUCAUCUGGUUUCCAAGCGAGAUGAGAACAUUUGCAACUUCCUGGAGGGAGGACUGUUAAUCGGCGGCUCGGACAACAAGCUGAUCUACAGACACUACGCCACGCUGUACUUCGUGUUCUGUGUGGAUUCGUCCGAGAGCGAGCUGGGCAUUCUGGAUCUGAUCCAGGUGUUGGUGGAGACGCUGGAUAAAUGCUUUGAGAACGUGUGUGAGCUGGACCUGAUCUUUCACGUGGAUAAGGUGCACAACAUCCUAGCGGAGAUGGUGAUGGGCGGCAUGGUGCUGGAGACCAACAUGAGCGAGAUCAUCACGCAGGUGGAGGCGCAGGGCAAGAUGGAGAAGUCUGAGGCUGGGAUCACAGGGGCUCCGGCGCGUGCUGUGUCGGCCGUGAAGAACAUGAACCUGCCAGAGAUGCCCAAGAACAUCAACAUCGGGGACAUCAGCAUCAAAGUGCCAAACCUGCCGUCUUUUAAAUAGUGAACACUGCAAACGAGUGUGAAACUGUGUUUACCAGAGUCCAGCAGAUCUUGAGUUGCAUCACAGAUGAUGAAAGCACUGUGUGAUACUGUCAAUGAAGUAUUUAUUUGAUUCAUCUGUCCUCUGUGUGUGUGUGUGUGUGUGUGUGUGUGUGUGUGUGCGUGCGUGAGAGAGCGUGAGAGA